CCCGGCGCGCCCUGCGGUGAAUGAUCGCGCCCGGCAGCCCGCGCGCCGCUCCCGGCCCCGCCGCGGCUCGCCCGGCCUCGCCGCUAUGGCCUUCACGUUCGCCGCCUUCUGCUACAUGCUGGCGCUGCUGCUCACCGCCGCCCUCAUCUUCUUCGCCAUUUGGCAUAUUAUAGCGUUCGAUGAACUGAAAACCGAUUACAAGAAUCCCAUAGACCAGUGUAACACACUCAAUCCUCUUGUACUUCCAGAGUACCUCAUCCAUGCAUUCUUCUGUGUUAUGUUUCUCUGUGCAGCAGAGUGGCUCACACUGGGUCUCAAUAUGCCUUUGUUGGCCUAUCAUAUUUGGAGGUACAUGAGUAGACCUGUGAUGAGUGGCCCUGGGCUGUAUGAUCCUACAACCAUCAUGAAUGCAGAUAUUUUAGCCUAUUGCCAGAAAGAAGGAUGGUGCAAAUUAGCAUUCUACCUUCUAUCAUUUUUUUACUACCUGUAUGGCAUGAUUUAUGUUCUGGUGAGCUCUUAAGAAGACAUUCAAGCUUUGUUCCAGUUAAGUGCAUGCAAAAGCCACAAAACAUGGAUUCUAUACAAGGAGAGCCUCUUACCAAGAUUAAAUACCGAACCUGACGAUCGCGUUUGCGUUAGAAAACAGUGACUUCCCCUCUUUGUAAAAUAUUUCCACAUUUUAUACUUGUGGAAAGACUUUUUUCUUAUAUUUUACUGGGACACUGAAAUUAAAGAAUUACAUGUGAAUUAAUGUAAAGAUGACUGGGUUUUGAAAAGUUUUGAUCUUGCACUCUGUAAAGAACAGCCAUCAUCCUGGAGGAGGUGUUGGGUGUGGGCUGCCAGAGGACGCUGUGGGUUUGCUUUGGCUGUCGCAGGGGCUCCUCUGGAUUUGUGUAUCCCAUUCUAAAUCAGCCACAGCUGUUGAGGGCUUGGGAAGGGCUGGAGAUGCUUUACUUAGGGGUGAUGUUGGUCUUAGAUGAAUUUGUGGACACAAUUGCAAAAAAAAAUAGGAGUUCUGUUUUCAUUUAUGGUUUGGUUUUGGUUUCGUAUCUGGUUCAUCUGUCCCUGUAUAUAUGUGGCUUAGGGCCUUCUGUAUUUUCACCGAACGUUAGCCUUGCUUUAAUCUCCAGCAUUGUCAUUGUGAUAGGAAAAAAUGAAUUGUCUGCAAAGAAGUGAAGUCAAAUUUCUUGUUUUUUUAAUGUCUGUGCAGUCUUAUUAACAAAUGGGUAAACCUUCAACAUUUAUCAAGCCCCAUAAUGCAAAUACUCUUUAAAGAGUAGCAUUGCAGACCUUUUCAAAGCAGAAAGUGAGAUUGUGAAACUGCCCUGCUGUUCCUUAGUGCAAUACAUAAUAAACAAACAACAAAUCUUUAAGUCAGAAGCACUUAUUUUUACCUAGUGCCUUGUUUUGGUUUUAAAUUGAACAGACACUUGCUGUAUUCAUCUGUUUGGUUGAUGAUGGAUAAUUGCAUUCCCUUUUAAAAACAGAAUACCCAAUCAAGUUAAGUCUGGAGGAAGAAAGCUCUGAUUUCCUGCUUUUCUUUUAUGGGCCUGCAAAGAAAUAGUAGAUGGGGCAGGGAAAGAUGUUUCAGCUAAACUGAUGAUACUGCAUUGUAAACUGUUAUGCGACAGCUGCUUCAUUUAGGAGUCAUAAUUAGGAAUCUUUCUUACAUGUGCUGGAGAAUAAGGAAUAGUUUCCCUGUUCUAGUAAAAUGUUUUUGUAUAAACUGUGUAUUUGUUCAUUUUGGGUCUCUGGGGCGUUAAAGGCAAUAAAAUUGUCUGGCUGUGCUGUCCUGAUGCUCCAGUGUUGGUGUGUCGGGCAGUGGCAACCGCUGAGGAGAAAGAAUAUGGAAGGUGGGGGUGGGUAUUGACUACCUCUACCUGAAUCGUGGGAGAAGGUGUUUUGGGGACCUCGUUACAGAUGUCCUGAGCUUGAGGUUUGGUGUCUUAAAACACCUCUUGAAUAGCUUUGCUUCCGUUGCUUUAUGAGCAUGUUUAUAGCGUAGUAAGGAAGAUUAUAUAAGACAACAAAGUCUGCAGUGGAGUUACUCAGUAUGUAAAAAAAUAUUUGUGGAAAAGUUCUGCUAGGCAUCACUGAGUGCCCCUAAGUGCCCCUAUUUUUUAAGACUUAUUGGCAAUUUUACCCCUUUCCAUCUUAUUUAUGUCGGUCAUGACUGAACAGACCUUUGAUACGUUGUCUGCCAAAGCAAAGCCUGUUUAAUCUUGGCAGCUUGGCAGUCCCACUGUAGCUUGAUAACAUUAAUGGAGGACAAGGGAUAGUUCUUUUUCAGAGCUGGAAGAGACCAGACUAUUGCCUUCACACAAGAUUGAGGUGCCCAUAGGAUUUAGAGCAGUAGUUUCUUGCUCUCAGCUUCCAAAUUCCUCUCCUCUUUGUAUCAUGUACUGGGGGAAUGACAAUUAAGGCUGUGAACACUUUACAUUCUCUCUCCUAAUACUUGACAGCUUAUGACCAUAUAUAUAAAAUUGUUUUUCUCAUG